AUGGAUAUUUUCAAACGUGUUGGAACCAAAGCGGUCCAAUAUCAAAUAGAUAUUAUUCUAAAUAAGCUCUAUAUGAAUGUAAAUGUGCCUGGUUGUGAAAUUUCCAUCAUUUUGAAAAGAGGUGACCAUAAAGCAGAAACUAAAAUACCUGCACCUCUUAAAGAUAAACUAGCUAAAUUUAACAAGCAAUAAAUAACUGUCCCUACCAAAUUAUAUUGGGAUGAUAAAAAAAGAGAGUUUCUUGCAAAAAGUGCCGAGCUGUAAAUUAAUAUUAUCCACCAAAAGAAAGUAAGAACUGCUGGUAAAAUCGAGUUUGAUGUUGCAGCUUAUGCUAACAAAAGUAUAAAAACAAUGAUGGAAUAGAGGCAAUUGCAAAAAUGUCCUGACACUUCAGCAAAAUUGUUAUAUGAAAUUAGAGUACAUGAAUUCGGUGAUUAUUCAUAUUAUCAAAAAAAAGAGGAAGAGGAAGAAGAAGAAAGGGUUAUCAAUAGAACAAAAACCGGCACAUCUAACAACCGUGCUAGAGAUGUUUCUCCAAUGAUUGAUACAAGUGGUAUGAAUAGUGCAAGAGGACAAAUCCAAGAUAUAGACAAUUUUCCAUCAAGAUCUAAGUCACCUAUGACAAAAGUUGAUCAAUAAAAUAAAUAAGUAUCUUUUAGUCGUAAUAAUUAAGAAUAUCCAUAAAAUAAUGGAACAAUGAAUUCUACAAGAGGAAACCAUUAGUAGGAUGAGUCCUCGUUGAGAUCAAAUCUAUUUUCAUAAUAAUCAACAGCUCAAGCUAGCAAAUAAAUUAACACGAAUGGAUCCUCAUAAAUUUAUAAUUCAAAUACUAAUGGCAAUUCUACACUCUAAAAUGCUAUUUCUAACAUAUCCAAAUAGCAAGAAUUGACAAACUCAAAUCAAAUGAGAGACUUAUUUAAGCAAUAAAAGGAAGAAAAUAUGAGUUUAAGACAAAAAAUUUAAGAGUAAAUCAUAGAAAACGAUAGUCUUAAGCAAUAAGUUGACAGCUUAAAAAAUGAAAAUCAAAGGUUAAAAGCUAGAAUUUCUACUCUAGAAGGUUUCAAUGGACAAUCAGUUGGUAAAAAUGGGUUUUAGCAAGAAGCUUAGAGUUAUGAAGAUUAGAUUAAAAAAUUAUAUGAAGAAAUUAAGACUCUAAAAUAACAAAAUAUGAAAGACACAAAUGAAGAAAUGUAAAAGCAGCUAAAGGCACUUGAAGAUGAAUAAGAAAUAAUUAAGGAUGAACUUAAUUUGAAGUUCGAGAGAGAAAAGAGCGUUUAUGAAAAAAAAAUAAAAGAUUUAUAAUUGACUGUAGAAGAAUUAAAUCAAAGAUUAUAAGAAAACCAAAGUGAAAUUUCUAAAAAGCAAAAAGACCUUGAAUACUUUAAGAAUUUAGUGAAUAAAAGUUAAAGAGAAGAUACUGAAAAUGAGAAUAUGCUCAGCUUGUAGAGAUAACUUUAAGAGCUAUCAUAAAAAAAUGCCUAAUAAGAAAAAGAAUAUAGAUAGAAAAUAAAAGAUUUGUAAGAGGAAAAUUCAAAAAUUAAAAAAGAUAGAGAACUUGAAGUUAUCGAAUUAAGAAGAUCUAAAACAGAAAGCGAUUUUGAGCUAGGAAAGCUAUCUCGUGAGAAUGAUCAACUUAAAAAAGAUCUAAAAGAAAUGCAAACAAAAUACAACCAAGCAAAGUCUGCUUUACAACAACAAUUAAACAAAGAAGGAACUGAAGUUUCCUCAUCAAAAGGCAAAGAGCUACAAAAUAAAAUUGAUGAGUUAAAUAAUAAUCUCAAAAAAGUUUCAGUUGAGAGAGGAAACAUAGAAAUGGAAAGAGAUAACUUGAAAAGCUACAUUAAAUAGAAAGAUGAAGAAAUGAAUAAGCUAAAGUAUCAGGUUACUUCUACUGAAAAUAGACUGAAAAAUACAAAGGAGAGCUUGUGUGAACUCUUAAAUGUCAUUUUAAUGGCAGGAGACAGAGACUUGAUAGAUGAAGCCGAACCUUAUCUAAAUGAACCUGAAGAACCAGAGUAUGUACCUUAAAAUAUAACUUCUUCAAUGAAUUAAUAUACAGCCGUUACCACCUCUCCAAACACACUUUACACUCCCACUCCAUUUAAUUUCAAUUAAUUCACCAAUAACUUAAUUACUUCUGAAUCCAAAACUAAUGAAAUAUAUAAAAGUAAUCAGUUCUCAGACAAAAGCUUUUUGUGA